AUGCUCAGAAAUCUCUUACUUUCUCGGCGUACAUUUGUACGAAUGAGUUCUACCAAGUCACGAUUGAUUUCUCAGCCAUUCAAAAUGGAAAACACACAAAUGAUUCGUGAAACAGCAAGAAAGUUCCCACGACCGAAUUUCAUAUCCUUUGAUUUGUUUGGCACUCUAUAUGUCCCCAAGAAGCCAGUCCCCGACCAGUAUUAUGAAAUUGCUUAUCACGAGUUUGGCAUCAAUAAAUCUAUACAAUCAAUUGAAGAAGAGUUCCCAAUAAUUUAUAAUGAAAUGUUGCAGUCAUAUCCAAAUUACGGUAAGGGUCACCCGAAAUUCGAUAAUUGUGAUUCCUGGUGGAAAGAAUUAAUCAUCCGAUUAUUUCAAUUAGAUAGACACGAUGAUCAAGCCUUGGCCUUGUGUCAUCGGUUGAUCCACCACUUUACCAGUGAGGAAGCAUACUGUGUGUAUGAUGAUGUGGUGCCCACGUUGCAAGCAUUGCAAGAACACGGUGUCAAACUAAUUGUGGCCAGUAACUCUGACCCAAGAGCGUUAACUAUACUUGAAAGUUUGAAACUUAAACAGUACUUCCAUUGUAGUGAACAUUUCCAUUGCAGUGGGGUUUUUUUAUCAUAUGACUCAGAUUAUUCUAAACCAACAAAAGAGUUUUUUGAUGAAAUUGCUUUGGUCAAAUAUAGGGCCCACGUUGAUGCGAAUUAUCGAAGCAAGACCUAUCCCCCAAGUGGCUUUCUUGCUGAUUGUUGGCAUGUUGGCGAUAGUUACAACGACGAUUAUGUGGGAGCAGUGAGAGCUGGUUGGAACGGGGUCUUGUUGGAUAGAAAUCGUAUCAGUGAGUUCUUCAAGAAUGCGAAAACACCCAAGAAUGACGGAUGCUUUUUGAACGAUAGUCCGGAACCUAAAGGUGAUGAGAGAACAGACAAUGAGAUGUUGAUAUUGGCAAAUAAUAGAGUGGUCAUAACUAAACUAUCACAACUUUUGGAUAUUUUCAAGCUUUGA